AUGGCUUCCACUUUGUCCACUCGGCGUCUCAUAGGCGGCUCUUACACGGUCGAUGUGACCUGCGGGCUGGUUGCGCACUCGGACGGUCUAAGCAGCCGGAUCUUUCGAUGCCCGCUCUCCUCCUCCGCCUCCUUUCCCUUCUCCCCUACCACCCCCUCCUCUAGCUCAUACCUUCCAGAGCUGUCAGCCCUCGGUUUGGCAGCUGAAAGGGCCGGGGGUGUGGGGGGAUGGAUAUGCAUCAAGCGCGUGCACACCGACGACGAACCACGCCCGCACUCUAUCCGUCGCGAAGUUGCGCUGCUCACGACGCUUUCCGACGACAACAUCGUCCCGUUGCUGGCGGCGUUUUUGGAUACAUCCGAUCCGUUUGGCGAAUUCAUCGAUCUGGUCAUGCCACUGUACGCAGCCACACUCGAGGACGUUCUGAUCGAGCCAUCCUUACUCCGCUUACCCUCCCCAGCCUGCGAAGGAGUGCAGAGGGCAGGGGAAUCGAUCCAGCAGCUGUGGCAGGAGUCGCCCGAGGGAUUUGCCCACAGUGUGGCGGUACAGAUGCUGAGCGGGCUGGCGUUCCUGCAUGGUAAAGAGGUGGCACAUCGAGACGUCAAACCGCCCAACGUGCUUAUUGCCCACACGGGUGCAGUGAGGUUGUGUGACCUGGGAACCGCAUUCUCGGCCUCGCAUUGCGUGGACGAGGGGCAAAAGAUGGUCUGCCAGGUAGGCACGGGCAUCUUUCGUGCACCCGAACUCCUCUUCUCCCCCUCCCACUACGAUCCCUACGCCAUUGAUGUUUGGGCGGCCGCGGUAACGCUAGCCCAUUUUUACACGGCGCUCAUCCGCAUCCCCACCACUCGAGCAAAGGUAGCAGAGGUGGAUGAACGAACAUCCUGGCAGCGAGCCUUUGACUCCAACACCACACCCCCUUCCCCUGGCUCUGACGAACUUGUCUUUUGGGAGGAGGAACCUCCAAUGCCCCAACAAACUGCGUCGGGGUACAUCCGAACGCCGCUCUUCGAGCCGGAUCGAGGCGAUAUCGGCCUGGCCGCCAGCAUCUUUUCCCUCCUCGGCCUACCCACUGACGCCAAACACUGGCCAGAAGCAGAGCACUUCCACCCACCCCUACACCGUCUCCCCUUCACUCCAACCAGGGCAAAAGGCAUCUCAUCAGCCCUACCCCUAGCUACCGACCCCAACCCCCUCGUCGAGCACCUCAUCAUACCAGCCCUCCACCUGUCCGCUUCCCACCGUCCAACUGCCACCCAACUCCUACACUCCCUCCAAUCCCAACACACUCCCCGCACAUUGAAAUAA